GGUGGGAGAGCGGGUGGCGGCAGCAGCGGCGCCGGUGACGGGCCCCGGAGGCCCGGCGCGUUGGCGUGUGCGCGCGGAGGGGCGUGCUCGCUCCCCGUGGCGGCCAUUGCCCUUGCCGCCAUGAUGAGCGCUCGGGCUCCAGGCGCUCGGCGGCAGCGCCACCUUCCUGCCUUGCCUUCCGCAGCCCCGUGACUGGCUGCAGUUUCCGCUGCGUUUCAGCUGAGCUGCCGCAGGCGGCGACCGCCGCCUCCCGGGCGCCGGGACUAUUUCACUCUCAGCGCCCCCGGCACUGCGCCUUUACCCCGCGCCUGUAGCCACCCGAGGGCAGUCGGGGCAGGUGGCAGUCCGGACACCUGAGCUUACAGGGCAUACGGGGACCCCAGGAAAUGUUAUUUUUGCUUAAGUCAAAUCUAUGUGGCUGCUAAGGUGUUUUCGAUGCGGUUGUUUUCCCAACAAUCUUUACCGCCCCGAGUAUCUGAAUAAAGAAAAAUAAAGAUUGAUGGGAAAGUUUUGCCAUUCUUUUGUCCUAUAGGAAAAAAAAUUACACAACACGAAAGCGGAGGAAUGAAAUUUUGAAUCAUUCGUACUCAUUUAUGUGGAAACAACUUUCUUGAAACACGAUUUAAGCAAUUAGUGAUCUGUUAGUGGUAUUUUUUUGAUUGAGGAAUAAGAAGGGCAGACGUUUUCUAUUUUCGUAUUGGUGGACAACUUAGUGUGGUGCAUAUUGUGCAUUUGUCUGUCAUGUUAUUUCGAUUUUUCAUUUGUGAAGUUUUAAGGCGGAGUUUCAUUUCCUAACGUACUUUUUUUUAUUGCACACUGUACAACUUUCUUGAUAAACUGGGAGCCUACUGUUAGCGAUGCACCGUGCUAGAUGCUAAGAAACAUUAAAAAGGUUCUUGUAAUGCAGACGGUGGCUGCAAGAAGUCUUAUGUUUAGAGGUAGGUGGGGCAAGGUGAAAUGCAGUAAAGUGAGAGGUACAACUAAUUACUGGGAUUUCCGAGGGAAGCAAGAUUCCCAUUGGAGGAUCAGGGAGGGACGGGUUCCUGAAGUAUUAAUAGGUGGCAUUUUGAGAAGGUUACCGAGGGAUGGGUAGGACUUUGUUAGGUAGAGGUGGAGGUGGAGAAAGGACGUUUCAAGGGUGAAGCUUCUUCAGUAAACACUGGGAAAGACAUAGAAGAACUAUUAAGAAGAUAGAAUUGUUUUGCUGCCCAGUACAGCAACAGUGGAUGUUCAAGAUUAAGAUUAGAGUCAAGUUUGUGUGAUUAAGACAGGAGCUGUGACUGAUGAGAAUUAAAGGCCAUGGAUGAAGAUGGGCUUGAAUUACAACAAGAGCCAAACUCAUUUUUUGAUGCAACAGAUAGGGUCUUGUUCUGUCACCCAGGCUGGAGUACAGUGACGCCAUCUGGGUCCACUGCAACCUCCACCUCCCAGGCUCAAGUGAUCUGCUCAGCUUCCAGAGUAACUGGGGCUACAGGAGCUGAUGGUACACACAUGGAUGGUGAUCAAAUUGUUGUGGAAGUACAAGAAACUGUUUUUGUUUCAGAUGUUGUGGAUUCAGACAUAACUGUGCAUAACUUUGUUCCUGAUGACCCCGAUUCGGUUGUAAUCCAAGAUGUUAUUGAGGACGUUGUUAUAGAAGAUGUUCAGUGCCCAGAUAUCAUGGAAGAAGCAGAUGUAUCUGAAACGGUCAUCAUUCCUGAGCAAGUGCUGGACUCAGAUGUAACUGAAGAAGUUUCUUUAGCACAUUGCACAGUCCCAGAUGAUGUUUUAGCUUCUGACAUUACUUCAGCCUCAAUGUCUAUGCCCGAACACGUCUUGACGGGUGAUUCUAUACAUGUGUCUGACGUUGGACAUGUUGGACAUGUUGAACAUGUGGUUCAUGAUAGUGUAGUGGAAGCAGAAAUUGUCACUGAUCCUCUGACUACCGACGUAGUUUCAGAAGAAGUAUUGGUAGCAGACUGUGCCUCUGAAGCAGUCAUAGAUGCCAAUGGGAUCCCUGUGGACCAGCAGGAUGAUGACAAAGGCAACUGUGAGGACUACCUUAUGAUUUCCUUGGAUGAUGCUGGCAAAAUAGAACACGACGGUUCUUCUGGAAUGACCAUGGACACAGAGUCGGAAAUUGAUCCUUGUAAAGUGGAUGGCACUUGCCCUGAAGUCAUCAAGGUGUACAUUUUUAAAGCUGACCCUGGAGAAGAUGACUUAGGUGGAACUGUAGACAUUGUGGAGAGUGAGCCUGAGAAUGAUCAUGGAGUUGAACUGCUUGAUCAGAACAGCAGUAUUCGUGUGCCCAGGGAAAAGAUGGUUUAUAUGACUGUCAAUGACUCUCAGCCAGAAGAUGAAGAUUUAAAUGUUGCUGAAAUUGCUGACGAAGUUUAUAUGGAAGUGAUUGUAGGAGAGGAGGAUGCUGCGGCAGCAGCGGCAGCCGCUGCUGUGCAUGAGCAGCAAAUGGACGACAAUGAAAUCAAAACCUUCAUGCCGAUAGCAUGGGCAGCAGCUUAUGGUAAUAAUUCUGAUGGAAUUGAAAACCGGAAUGGCACUGCAAGUGCCCUCUUGCACAUAGAUGAGUCUGCUGGCCUCGGCAGACUGGCUAAACAAAAACCAAAGAAAAGGAGAAGACCUGAUUCCAGGCAGUACCAAACAGCAAUAAUUAUUGGCCCUGAUGGACAUCCUUUGACUGUCUAUCCUUGCAUGAUUUGUGGGAAGAAGUUUAAGUCGAGAGGUUUUUUGAAAAGGCACAUGAAAAACCAUCCCGAACACCUUGCCAAGAAGAAAUACCGCUGUACUGACUGUGAUUACACUACCAACAAGAAGAUAAGUUUACACAACCACCUGGAGAGCCACAAGCUGACCAGCAAGGCAGAGAAGGCCAUAGAAUGCGAUGAGUGUGGGAAGCAUUUCUCUCAUGCAGGGGCUUUGUUUACUCACAAAAUGGUGCAUAAGGAAAAAGGAGCCAACAAAAUGCACAAGUGUAAAUUCUGUGAAUACGAGACAGCUGAACAAGGGUUACUGAAUCGCCACCUCUUGGCGGUCCACAGCAAGAACUUUCCUCAUAUUUGUGUGGAGUGUGGUAAGGGUUUUCGUCACCCCUCAGAGCUCAAAAAGCACAUGAGAAUCCAUACUGGGGAGAAGCCGUACCAAUGCCAGUACUGCGAAUAUAGGUCUGCAGACUCUUCUAACUUGAAAACGCAUGUCAAAACUAAGCAUAGUAAAGAGAUGCCAUUCAAGUGUGACAUUUGUCUUCUGACUUUCUCGGAUACCAAAGAGGUGCAGCAACAUGCUCUUAUCCACCAAGAAAGCAAAACACACCAGUGUUUGCAUUGCGACCACAAGAGUUCGAACUCAAGUGAUUUGAAACGACACAUAAUUUCAGUUCACACGAAAGACUACCCCCAUAAGUGUGACAUGUGUGAUAAAGGCUUUCAUAGGCCUUCAGAACUCAAGAAACACGUGGCUGCCCACAAGGGCAAAAAAAUGCACCAGUGUAGACAUUGUGACUUUAAGAUUGCAGAUCCGUUUGUUCUAAGUCGCCAUAUUCUCUCAGUUCACACAAAGGAUCUUCCAUUUAGGUGCAAGAGAUGUAGAAAGGGAUUUAGGCAACAGAAUGAGCUUAAAAAGCAUAUGAAGACACACAGUGGCAGGAAAGUGUAUCAGUGUGAGUACUGUGAGUAUAGCACUACAGAUGCCUCAGGCUUUAAACGGCACGUUAUUUCCAUUCACACAAAAGACUAUCCUCACCGGUGUGAGUACUGCAAGAAAGGCUUCCGAAGACCUUCAGAAAAGAACCAGCACAUAAUGAGACAUCAUAAAGAAGUUGGCCUGCCCUAACAAUACUUCUACAGACGUUUGUAGAGAUAUUGGCCUUGAAGCAGAAAAUUCAUUUUAAAGCCAAUCAGUCUCGUUCACAUACAAUACUGUAUAUUGAUUUAUGCUGUGUACAAAUAGAAUUAUUGCUUCUAGUUGACUUUUUUUAAUAUACAUUUUGUUCAGUAGUGUGUUCUGAAUUCUAUUCAGUUUGUUUAAUAAAUGGGGAAAACUGGCAACAUGCUAGUUACUUUUAAUAAAGUAAUCCCUGAUUCUAUACCGAAUUUUUAUAUCUUAGAAUUUUAUAUUUAUUUAAAUAUUUACCUUGCUUACCUUGAUGGUACUCUUCUAAGACCAUUAACUUAAGGUAACUUUAUAUUGGUAACUCUGAAAGUAUUCAUGUUGACUCAUUUUCCUUCCCCAUACAUUUCUCACAAUAAAAUUGUCAGAGACAUCUACUAAUAUAAAUGGGAGAUUUUACAGUCAGGUCUAAUUAUCAUAACAUGGAAGUCAUUUACUUAAUAUUUUCAGACCACUUGACAGUGAAAGUUUCCAUUUGAGCUUUUGCGUCCCUGGCUUUGCUUAAGAGCAGUGGCUGGGUUCGUGUUUACUUUUCAAAUAUAUUACUUUUGGUUUUCUUUGGAUUAUUUACAUCUUUUGUCAGCAUAGCAAACUUUUAGAAAAUCUUAUUGAAAAAUUAUGCUUGAUCAUGUUGUAUUUUGAUUAUUCUGUCUGUGCGGCUUCGUCUUGGAAUGGUUUUGUGCUACAAAUGACAUUUACUGAGGACUGCAUUUUGGAAUCUCCUAGAGGUAACUCAUGGCUUAUAGGAUCUUUUGCAACUUUAUGUAUGUAAAUGUACCCCGAAUUAUAUAUAUACACAUAUAUAUCAUGUACCUGUGUGUAUUGCUUAUUUUAUAUAUUUAUACACACAACCCCAAGUUACAGUAGUUGUUUAAAAUCUAUAAUGAAAAGUAUUAAAUUUACAAUAACAUGAAAGAUCCAGGGAUGCAUGAGAGAGCAUUUUGUAAGUCAUGCUCUUCAGAGAGAUUACUCAGGUGAAGAAUUAGAAGGAAAAUAAGGACACUAGUAUUUUUAAAGAGUAAAGAUAUUUUCUUUUAAAUAUCUUUGGUAAUUGAAAAAUAGAGGUUAAGAUGUUUCUAGGUAGAAUGUUUUCAUACAGUUUCAGCUCCAUGUCUUUAUAUUUUUCUGAAAAGCAAAUGAGUAUCCAGACAUGACUCCCACAGUUCUCUUUGAGAAGCCCGAGAGGGAACUCUGUCUUACCUAGUGAGAGGGAUGGAAAAGAAGCGAUGGCUCUGUGGACCAGAGAACAGGUGCUAAUUAUGGCAUCACACUCGGCAAGUUCAGGCCGAUCUGGUAUUUCUCAGACAGUUACAGUUAGCAAACUUUAAAAACUUAACACUCAAGUUGGCUUUGAUUAAAACGUAAAGAUGUGUUUUAAAGUAGAUAAGGAAAGUCUGAGGCCUUAUUUGGAACAUCACUAAGUCUUCCAAAGGUGGUUUUUUUUUUGUUGUUGUUUUUGUUUGUUUGUUUUUUUUUUUUUUAAGAUGGAGUCUCGCUCUGUUGCCCAGGCUGGACUGCAGUGGCAUGAUCUUGGCUCACUGCAACCUCUGCUUCCUGGGGUCAAGCAAUUAUCUGCCUCAGCCUCUCAAGUAGCUGGGAUUACAGGCGCCUGCCACCACGCCUGGCUAAUUUUUUGUAUUUUUAGUAGAGAUGGGGUUUCACUAUCUUGGCCAGGCUGGUCUUGAACCCUGACCUCGUGAUCCACCUGCCUCGGCGUUCCAAAGUGCUGGGAUUACAGGCGUGAGCCACCAUGCUUAGACACCACAUAGGUCUGAAUCAGUGUCAUACAGUCAUAAAACAAACUCGGUUAAUUAGAACUUGGUUGUGUUAAGACGAAUCUUGGAGAACAGAAAACAGUUUUUGGGGUCCCUUCAGUUGGCUAUUGGUCCAUGUGCAUCUAGCACAUUGUAGGAUAUUUAGAAAUUGUCUUCCCACCCGAUAGCUGCCUUGCCACCUCAUUAUGGUGCUCCGUCCCCUGUGUACUUAGGUUUUUACCUUUCAUCUUUCUCUUUGCCAUUGAUGUUUGUAUUCAAGAGUUACAUUUUUAGGGUUAGAAAUAAAAAUAUUUGGUGUUUGGCAAACCUGAAGUGCUAGACUGAUUUAGUUUUAAAUCAAGUGCUUUAGGCAGGUGUGAACUCUAGCCCAAAUGCCAAUCAAAGUCAAGGCAUGGGUUUUCCUAGCCUAUCUUAUAGGAAAUUCCUGUACCUUCUUGGCCCCUAUAAUGUGUUUUUUUUUUUAAAGUAACUUACAAUUUUGUGAUCCGUGAUUCAUUGCCCUGCGAUUCUUGAAAGCUCUGUCUGUUUUUUUGUGAGAACCUUUAAAAUCUCCCUUAAUUUUUAUUUUCCCAGAAAUAAUGUAAAAACACUUAAAUGAAAGUGGAAAUGUAUUAAUUUUAAAUCCUAUAAAAUUAAUACAGAAAAUAUAAAUGAUUGGGUCUUUUUUUUUAAAUAAACUGAAAGAUAAAGAACACAACACUUCACACAUUUUAUAUUUCUCUUACAUACUCUGGAAUCAUACACAGUUCUUUUCUUUUUAAAGCACAAUAUUAAAACCUUUAAAAGGUAUUUAAGGGUUUGGUCAAGUGAAUAUGAUAAAACAUUUGUCUGUAUAAAGAGAAAAUGAAAUCGUAGUCACUGUUAUGUACUGACAUUAGUUACAACCUAGUUUUAAUUCUUAAAACAAUUUUGAUUAGCAAAGCUAAAAAAAUGGAUGUUUCAGUUAAAUGUUUUAAAGAGGUACAGAUUUUUACAAGGACAUAAUAUAAGUUAUUGUUCUGUAGAAAUAUCCUAUUAAAUAUUGUAUGUCCCUCCCUCUGUACACUUUGUAAAGAAAGUAAAAUACAUAAAAAGAAAAUCAUAUAGGGAUGUGUGACAUUAUUGUAAUUGUGUACUUGAGAAUAACGUGCAAAAAUAAAAAUCAGAAUAUUUUCCUGUUAUUGAAUGUUUAGUCUAUUUGAUACCAGUACUAAGUUAAUGCUUUUUCUUAAGGAAAAAAAAAUGUACAGUUUUUGUAAACCUAAUAAACAUCAAAAGCAGUGGAUUAUUUUCAUCCCCCCAUUUCUUAAUUCCUUUUUCACAGCAGUGGAAUGCAAAGUGCUUGAUUGCUUUGAAUUUUGUGACUUGGAUGCAAAUACUGGUAACAUUUCAGUUCUGUGAAUUUGCAAGUAAUAGAGAAGUUAAGAGGUGAUUGGUGAGUCCUUUGAUGAGCAUGUCCUUGGAAUUCAGUUUUUCUUUUAUCUUCAUAAAGGAUUUGUUUUAUUAGCAUCUCCAGUUCCCCUGAGAUAAAUUACCCAUGCAUAAAGUGGUUUUUGAGAGCACUUAAUAAAGUUCAUUUCAGUAUUAAUUUACAGCAUAUUUAAUCAGUGGGUACUGUUACCACCUCCACAGCAGAAAUCGUGCCCUCGAGUUACCACUUGGUGCCCAGUUUAGAGGACUCUAGUAGAUGCUAACAUACUAGAGAAUGGUCAUUGCCACAGUUAAAAAUCGGCAGUUAAGUAAAUGUCAGGAGUCAAAAGAGAUAGAGUUGUGCCAUCUUUGAUUUUAUAGACAACAUUCUGCAGUUCUUCCGACUGUAUGAACAAACAAAUGUUUGCCUAAUAGUUGAAACAAUAAAUCAAACGUUUAAGUAAAUAACGAAGGGAAUGUGAAGAAUGUCACUGUCCAGAGCCAUAAAUCAGACAAAACCAUAGCAUGCUGAAAAACUUGUAAUGGAACACCUAACAAAUGACACCUAACCUGUCUGUGAUCCAACAAGUCAGAUAACGUGCUGCUGUAUUCUCUGGGAAUCCCAGUAUUAACAAUUUCAUUUCCCACAAAUUCUAGCAUUCAUGUAAGGAAAAACAUGGCCAAUCAGUAUCUUAAAGGGACAGUCUUUCAGAGCAGUGGUUUUCAAAGUGUGGCCGGGCAGCAUUGGCAGCGUCUUAAUUUCCUGGGACUUUGUUAAAGAUGCAAAUUCUCAGCCCCACCCUAGUCCUACUGAAUUGGGAAACUGGCGUGGGACCCAGCGAUCUUUGUUUUAACUUGUUCUCCAGGUGAUUCUGAUGCCUGUUCAAACUUGGGAAACACUUUUAGAGCACUUGAGGAACCUAAAAGAUGACUAGUUCAACAUUUGUGUGGUAGAUAAGAAAAUGACAAAAAAUCAGAAAUGAACAGUGAGAGAAAAAUAGGACCCAGACAGUUGAUACUUUCCGUUUGCUGUUUUAAAAGUGUAAGCCUGCCAAGUCAACAAGUAUACCUUUAGCGCACAUGUAAAUAGCCUGCACUUCCUAAAUCUUGUGUGACCUCCCAUAGUUACAUUCCUCAAAGGUAAAUUGAGUUCAGAGGAAGAUUCAGCAUUUAAAAGAGAAGGGCUGAAAAAGAUUGUGUGGGUGGGUGUGGGUGUGUGUGUGUAAUUGGCCCAGAGUUACUUAAGUAAAUCAUAAUAAAAAAAACCAUUUUGCCACAUUCUGUAACUGUUAAGGUCAAAUUAAGUUUACCCUAUGGAUUUUGUUUCAUCUUUGGUUUCGUGUAUAUAUUGUUUGCCUUUUUCAUAAAAAUCUUGGAUUUGUUAUAUAUUGUUCCUGUUAUUUUUGACAUCUUUACUAUUGUAAAUAAAUUACUAUUUUGUUUUAAGUUA